AUGGCUGCAGCCCCGACCAGCGAGCUGAAGCUCGACCCCAAGUACGACCACUACGACUAUCCUACCGUCGCUCCCACCGCCCAGCCCGGACACCCAGGCCACACAACUCCAGAGCAAGAUGCCCAGGUCUUCCAGCUGAGAACCCAGCUGGAGCAGUCUGGCCACACCAAGAACCUCGACACCCUGACUCUGCUGCGGUUCCUCCGCGCGCGAAAGUUCAAUGUCGAGCUUGCGAAACAGAUGUUCGUUGACUGUGAGAAGUGGAGGGCCGAGUAUGCUGGCGUGGGCGUUGAGGAGCUUGUCCGCACCUUUGACUACAAGGAGCGACCCGAGGUCUUCAAAUUCUACCCCCAGUACUACCACAAGACUGACAAGGAUGGCCGCCCACUCUACAUCGAGCAGCUUGGUAACGUCGACCUCACCGCGCUCGGAAAGAUCACCUCCCAGGAGCGCAUGAUCCAGAACCUUGUCUGCGAAUACGAAAAGAUGGCCGACCCCCGUCUUCCUGCCUGCUCCCGCAAGUCUGGCUACCUCCUCGAGACAUCUUGCACAAUCAUGGACCUGAAGGGUGUUGGUAUUAGCAAGGCUACCUCCGUGUACGGCUACCUCGGCGCGGUCUCGCAGAUCAGUCAAAACUACUACCCCGAGCGUCUGGGUAAGAUGUACAUCAUCAACGCCCCCUGGGGUUUCUCGGGCGUCUUCAGCGUGGUCAAGAAGUUCCUCGACCCCGUCACAAGCGCCAAGAUCCACGUUCUCGGCAGCGGAUACCAGAAGGAGUUGCUGGCGCAGGUCCCGGCCGAGAACCUGCCCAAGGCAUUCGGUGGAUCAUGCGAGUGCGAGAAGGGCUGCCAAUUGAGCGAUGCGGGUCCUUGGUGGGAUCCGCAGUGGGCUAAGGAACCCAAGUGGGCCAAGAAGAGCGAUGAUGCGAUUGACAACACGGCUCUUCCUGCACCUACUGAGGGCGUCGCAGGUACUGCACCUGCUGCGCCUGUUGGUACCGACCCUGCUACCGCACCUGCACCUGCCACUACCUAG